CUAGUUUAGCAUUUUAAUCUAGUACCUAGGGAAACAUUUUGUAUUGUCUUUAUUUUCUCCCCUUUAGAUUGCAAGAGCUUAUCAAUCCUAAAAAGACUGAGGACAGAGAGAAAAAAGACGAGCCCAGCAAAGAAAACCAUCAGCAGGCCCUAGUUGACCAGAGAUACUUUCAGGUGCUGUGUAGCAUCAAUUCAAUUAUUCACAAUCCAAGAACUCCAGUAAUAAUUUAUAAACAGAGCAAAGGAGGAGCUCCAAACUUUCAUAAAGAUCUUAUUCAAGACUGUGGAUUUGAACAUCUCGUUCCCAUAAUAGAAAUGUGGGCAGACGAACUGACAUCCCUAAAGGAUUUGUAUAAGACCUUGAAAAUGCUGUCUGCAGAACUGGUGCCGUGGCAUAACUUAAAGAAACAGGAUGAAAAUGAAGGCAUCAAAGUUGAAGAUCUGCUCUUUAUGGUAGAUACAAUGUUGGAAGAAGUUGAGAAUAAGGAAAAGGGCAGCAAAACACCAAACUUUCAAACUUUACAAGCUAUUGUCUCCCACUUCCAAAAACUAUUUGAUGUGCCUUCUUUGAAUGGAGUCUUUCCCCGGAUGAAUGAGGUGUAUACAAGGCUUGGGGAAAUGAGCAACGCUAUAAGAAACCUCCAAGAACUCUUAGAAUUAGAUAGUUCGUCCUCUUUGUGUGUACUGGUAAGCACAGUCGGAAAGUUGUGCAGACUGAUUAACGAGGAUGUGAGUGAGCAGGUUAAGCAGGUACUAGGACCUGAAGACCUCCAAAGCAUUAUCAACAAAUUGGAAGAACACGAGGAAUUUUUCCCGGCAUUUCAGGCUUUUACUAAUGAGCUGCUUGAGAUCUUAGAAAUUGAUGACUUGGAUGCCAUUGUACCUGCAGUAAAGAAAUUAAAAAUACUUUCAUACUGAAAACAAAUCAAAUCAUUUUUACUGUGUAAAUUGUAUUCUUAAUAUUCUAAGUAUUUUGGGGAUUGAUCUUAUUUUUGAGACAAGGGUUCUAAAAUGUACUACCUCUCAGAAUUCAUCCUCUUAGAAUUGGUUCAUUCUCCAUAUAAUUUUUAUUAACCUUGUUUUUUUUUAUACAGAGAAUAGUUGCUAAGUUAUUAAAGUAGUAAAUUAAUUAUAGAUCCCAUAAUCAUUUGGGCAGUUUUUGAGUGCUUUAAAACUUA